AUGACUGUGUUGAUGCUUGCUGUUGUAUCGUGUGUGAUGGUGUUUGUGGAUCUCUGGGUAAAUCCUGCAGCAGAGGCUCAGAUCAAUAAUGCCAGUGAUGGAGACGUGUGCUCAUGCCCCUCCCCCGCCACUCAGGAGUUGAUGACACGUUUGGGGUUCUUGCUGGGUGAAGGCAUCCCGGGCUCCACGCGCAUACCUAUGGACGACAAGAAUGAAAAAAAGUGUCCAGUGAAUCAGGGAAUCAGUCCAUGUUCUACUCUGACCAGCAGCACAGCGUCUCCGUGUACGGACAGUCCCUGCUCCACCUUAAACAGUAACAGCGGCCGUCCUGUCUGUGGAACCAUCAUCAGCCCCAGCUCCACCCUCGAGAGCAAAGACAGCGGUAUCAUUGCCACCAUCACCAGCUCAUCAGAGAAUGACGACCGCAGCGGCUCCAGUCUGGAGUGGGGUAAAGAGGGCAGCAUAAGGAGCUGCGCUCAGCAUGUGCGGCCAGACACGUGCUCUCCGGUGGCCGAGGAGGAAGCGUCAGCAUCCGGGACAGGGGUACGGAGCAUCUCUACUGCUAAGAAGACUUCAGGAGCCACAGGGUCUGAGGGACCCAUCCAGUAUCCCAUGCAGAACUCGUCCAGUCUGAUGAUGCCUCGGCCGAACUCAGUGGCAGCGACGAGCUCCACUAAGCUGGAGGAUCUGAGCUAUCUUGAUGAACAGCGAAACACCCCCCUGCGUACGUCCAUCCGCCUGCCCUGGCACAACACCGGCGGCAGAGCUCCACACGACAAAGCCCGCUUUGCUCCGUACAAACCCACUGACAUCAUGCUCAAGCCGCUGCUGUUUGAGGUUCCCAGCAUCACCACUGACUCUGUGUUCGUGGGCCGUGAUUGGCUGUUCCAGCAGCUGGAGAACGACCUGAGACCCAGCGAAUCGGACGAGAGCUCCGGGUCCGUCAUCGUGGGCAAUGUGGGCUUCGGCAAAACCGCCAUCAUCUCCCGCCUGGUGGCGCUCAGUUGCCAUGGCGGCCGCAUGAGACAGAUCGCGUCCAACAGCCCGAGCGCAUCUCCGAAAAGUGGGGAGCCGAGUUCAGAUCUGCCCCUGAGUCAGCCGCCUCAGCCGACCCCUCCACCCAGCACCACCAACACCCUGCGAUCCAGCAGCUGUCCCAGCACACCUGAGCUGCAGCGGCGCCGCGAGGAGGCCGUCAAGCGCCUGGCUGCCAAGGUGGUGGCGUAUCAUUACUGUCAGUCUGAUAACACGUACACGUGUCUGGUUCCUGAGUUUGUGCACAGCGUGGCUGCUCUCCUGUGCCGAGCGCAUCAGCUGACUGCAUACAGAGAGCAGCUGCUGAAAGAGCCGCACCUGCAGAGCAUGCUCAGUCUGCGCUCCUGCGUGCAGGACCCCAUGGCUGCCUUCCGCAGGGGCAUCCUCCAGCCGCUCGUCAACCUGCGCAAAGAGAGGAAGAUUCCAGAGGAAGAUUGCAUCAUCUUGAUUGAUGGGCUGAACGAGGCGGAGUUUCACAAACCAGACUAUGGGGACACCGUCGCCUCCUUCAUCACCAAGAUCAUCUCCAAGUUCCCCAACUGGCUCAAACUGAUUGUCACUGUGAGAACAAGCCUUCUGGAGAUCACCAGUCUGCUGCCCUUCUCCAAGAUCAGCCUGGACGAAUUCCCAGACAACAAGGAGAUCGGGACGGACCUGAACGCCUACAUCCAGCACCGCAUCAAUAGCAGCCAGAACAUCCUCAACAACAUCUCCCUCAACGGCAAAGCCGACCCCAUCAUCGUGGGCAGAGUCAGCUCCCACCUCAUCUCCCGCAGCCAGGGCUCGUACCUGUACCUCAAACUGACGCUUGACCUCUUUGAGAAGGGUCAUCUGGUCAUCAAAAGUGCAAGCUACAAGGUGGUGCCCGUCUCUCUGUCGGAGCUCUACCUGCUGCAGUGCAACAUGAAGUUCAUGACCAAUUCUGCGUUUGAGCGCGCCAUGCCCGUUCUCAACGUGGCGCUGGCGUCCCUUCACCCCAUGACGGACGAGCAGCUGUUUCAGGCACUGAACGCGGGCAGCGAGCGGGGAGAGCUGCUGUGGGACGACUUCCAGCAGAGGAUGGAGACGCUCUCGUGUUUCCUCAUCAAGCGCAGGGAUAAGACGCGGAUGUUCUGCCACCCGUCCUUCAGAGAGUGGCUGGUGUGGCGAGGAGAUGGAGAGAGCUCCGACUUCCUGUGUGACCCCAGGAGCGCCGUUCCAGACAGGCCAAGCCACGCCAACACAGAGACGCUUUCAGCGCCUUGCAUCAAAUACUAUGCUUUUAGUCAGAGAUUUACCUCACAAGAAGUGAGCCGUCUGCUGAUGCUGGGUGGAGCGAAUGUAAACUACCGAACGGAGGUGUUGAACAACGCCCCGGUCCUCUGCGUCCAAGCUCACCUGGGCCAUCAGGAAACUGUCAGCCUGCUGCUGGAGUUCGGAGCAAACGUGGAUGUGGUUUCAGAGAACGGCAUGAGUGCUUUGUGUUACUCAGCGGCCGCUGGUCAUCUGGAGCUGGUCAGCCUUCUCUGUAAGAGAGGAGCCAAGGUGGAUCACGUGGACAAGAGCGGCCAGUGUGCGCUGGUGCAUGCGGCCCUGCGGGGUCAUUCAGAGGUCAUCGAGUGUCUGCUGGAGCUGAGCUGGAGCAGUGAGGGUCAACAGGACCUGAGCCUGAAGAACAAAGCCCUGCAGCAGGGGCUCAUCGCGGCCUGCAGUAUGGGACACAUUCAUGUGCUGGAAGGCUUGUUGACGUUGACUAAUGAACUGGCGGUGCAGAUUGAUGCCCAUGACACACUGUGGGGCGAAACAGCUCUGACUGCGGCCGCAGGACGGGGGAAGAUGGAGGUGUGCAGCUUCCUGUUGGAGCGGGGGGCGCAGGUUCAGCAGGUGAACAGGAGAGGAGCAUGUGCCCUGUUCUGCGCAGUCCGACAGGGACACUGGCAGAUUGCAGAUCUGCUGCUGCAGCAUGGGGCGGAUGUGAAUGUAAGCGACAAACAGGGCCGAACGCUGCUGAUGGUGGCCGCAUGUGAGGGGCAUCUUAGCACGGCCGACUUUCUGCUGUCUAAAGGUGCCUCUUUAGGGUCGGUAGAUAAGGAAGGGUUAAGUCCGCUCAGCUGGGCAUGUUUAAAAGGACACAAGAACGUUGUUCAGUUUUUGGUGGAGAAGGGUGCAGUUAUCGACCACUCGGACAAGAAUGGACGCACUCCGCUGGACCUGGCUGCUUUCUACGGAGACGCAGACAUCGUUCAUUAUCUGGUUGAGAAAGGGGCCGUGGUCGAGCAUGUGGACUACAGUGGCAUGAGGCCGCUCGAUCGCGCCAUCGGCUGCAGAAACACCUCAGUGGUGCUGACCUUACUGAAGAAAGGAGCCAAACUAGGCUACAGAACGUCACCUUAUGAUCGAACAGGUAACGCAGCCUGGGCGAUGGCGACCUCCAAACCCGACAUCCUCAUCAUCCUCCUGCAGAAGCUCAUGGAGGAAGGCAACCUGCUGUAUAAGAGGGGGAAGAUGAAGGAAGCAGCUCAGCGGUAUCAGUACGCAUUGAGGAAGUUUCCCAGAGAGGGAUUCGGUGAUGAACUCAAGGCCUUUAAGGAGCUGCGUGUCUCUCUGUACCUCAAUCUCUCCCGCUGCCGCCGGAAAACCAACGACUUUGGAUUGGCGGAGGACUUUGCAACCAAGGCUUUGGAGCUCAAACCCAAAUCGUACGAGGCGUACUACGCUAGAGCCAGAGCCAAACGCAGCAGCAGGCAGUUCGCCGCAGCGUUAGCCGACCUGCUCGAGGCGUCAAAGCUCUGCCCCAACAACCGUGAGAUCUGCCGUCUGCUGGCUCGCGUCGAGGACGAGUGCAAACAGAUGCAGAGCAAACACCAGAGCCUGAGCAACCCGGAGCACGCUGAGGACGACAGGAUGGAGCACAUCGAUGACGAGGAGGAGGAGGAGGAUGACGACUCUGAGGCCUGGUCUCAAAACAUUUACUCGCUAAACCAGACUUCAAACGGCCGCUCGGUUUCGCCGCCUCACAGGCAAAGCCUCCGACAUCAGCACCAGAAGAGCCUCGUCCUGCAGCCCAGCAAACAGGCUCAGAUCGUCAAAACCAACCAGCAUCUGGGAUCCUUACAGGCGGGAUCGGCACGACCGACAAACACAAAGAGCCAAUCACAAUAUGCUCCGUCCAGCCCGAUUCCCAGCCGGCACAUAUCCAGCGCGCUAAAGGCUGGACCGGGCAUCGACAUCAGCCCGUUACUGCCCGCAAACAAUGAUGCAGACAUCCAAGUGCACUCGUCCAAAACUCAGUCUCUAGAAGGGACGCUUCUUUCCACGACUUCUGGAGCUCAAAGUCAAGAGCUGCGAAAAGACGCCAGUAUGAGGGUCUCCAGCUCCACCAGCAGUCUGGCGUCCAGCAGCAGUUUAUCAGACAGCGGGAAAGUGCAAGGCCCAGACGUGCGCACCAAAACCACAUCGGACAAGCCUAAGAUCAGCCAGACCGGCUCUGUGGAGUACAAACCCCGUCCGUUCAUGGGAAUCAUGGACAAAACGGCUCGAUUUCAGCAGCAGCAGCCGGUGGCGUCACGAGGUUGGCAGAGUCACUCCACUGAAGGACUCGUUGCUUCUGCGGGUCUGACGGGUGAGACCAUGUACGGCAAACCGUCCGGAGCUUAUUACGAGCCGCUCAAAGGUCCCGCCAUGGGCGGCCUGCACAACGGGAGUCUGCAUGCUAAAGAGUUCUGCCAUAAAGAAAGCAAACCGGUUCUGGCUAUGGCACAUUCAUUCAUGGACAGUAUGAGCAAACAGCCCGGCUUAACUCGAGAAAACCCCACCAUUCAUGUAGCGGCAAUGAAACCAAAGAGAUCCUUUAUAGAGUCAAAUGUUUAGGACGUUUAUAUGCAACAACCCUAGAAAACACACUUCAGAUGAAGGCAUCCGAUCUGAAGACGAUUCCAGCCCCUGUACACACAUACAUACACACACUAC